AUGAACGGUCACUUGUUGUGUCUCUGGAGUUGGUGCACACUGGGUGCCACUGAGCUCCUCUCGAGGCAUGACGAGGAGGCACUGAUUGACCAGGGGAGAAGGAGCAACGGUGCCAAGAUUCACUAUGAGAAGGAGGAGUUGGAAGGCCACCGGACCCUGUACGCCGGCGUGCAGAUGCCGCUGGUGGGGCAAUGCCACCGGCAUCACCGACCCCACAAGCAGAAGCAUCGGGAACAGGAGGAGGACUGUGCCCCGACGGAGCGGGGCUACCACUGCACCCCGUCCCAGCGGGUGCAGUUCAUCCUCAGGACCAAGGAGGACGAGCAGCAUGUCCCUCACGCCUUGUUCACCGAGCUGGAUGAGAUCUGCGUGAAAGAGGGCGAAGAUGCCGAGUGGAAGGAAACGGCAAGGUGGCUGAAGUUUGAGGAGGACGUGGAAGACGGCGGCGAGCGCUGGAGCAAGCCCUAUGUGGCCACGCUGUCCUUGCACAGCCUCUUUGAGCUGAGGAGCUGCAUCAUCAAUGGCACGGUGCUGCUGGACAUUAGUGCCAACAGCAUCGAAGAGAUCGCAGAUCUGAUCCUGGGCCAGCAAGAACAGCUCACGGAGUUUGACGAGCGCACGCGGGCAAAAAUUGGAGAAGUUCUUUUGAAGAAGCACCACCAUCAGAACGAGAAGAAAAGAAACAGCCUUCUCCGCUCGUUUGCUGAUGUGAGCAAGAAGGGGUCGGACCUGCACCUCCUCGACAAGCCAGCUCAAACACUUACCCCUCAUCCUUCUCCCACCACUGUGGAAGCUAAAAAUGGGGUGAACCAUGAGACCAGCACAACGGAUUUAAGCAAGGGAGCUGCAGGGUGCUGUGGGCUUUGCUUUUGGGGUCAUUGCCUGAAAAUGGCUUGUUGUGCCCAGGCGGAGCUGCACUUCAUGAAGAAAAUUCCCAGCGGGGCUGAAGCGUCCAACGUGCUCGUAGGAGAGCUGGAUUUCCUUCGCCAGCCCAUCGUGGCAUUUGUCCGCCUGACCCCGGCUGUCCUCCUCUCGGGCAUGACGGAAGUUCCCAUCCCAACAAGGUUCCUGUUUGUUUUGCUUGGACCAGAAGGAAAAGCCCAUCAGUACCAUGAGAUCGGCAGGUCCAUGGCUACUAUCAUGACGGAUGAGGUUUUCCAUGACGUCGCCUAUAAAGCCAAGAACCGGGCUGACCUCGUGGCCGGCAUCGAUGAGUUUCUGGAUCAGGUCACGGUCUUGCCGCCUGGAGAGUGGGAUCCAUCGAUCCGAAUCGAGCCCCCAAAAAACGUCCCUUCGCAGGAAAAAAGGAAGAUGCCAGGAGCUCUCGAUGACAGUGCUUCUGACAGUGAGCCAGAGAAGCACAGCGGUCCUGAACUGGAGCGGACGGGAAGGCUCUUUGGAGGUUUGAUCCUGGAUGUGAAGCGAAAAGCCCCGUGGUUCUGGAGCGACUUUCGGGAUGGUCUGAGGCUGCAGUGUCUGGCGUCCUUCCUCUUCCUCUACUGUGCCUGCAUGUCCCCUGUCAUCACCUUUGGGGGACUGCUGGGGGAGGCGACCGAUGGCCACAUAAGUGCCAUGGAGUCGCUGCUGGGUGCCUCCAUGACCGGCGUGGUGUUUUCCCUCUUUGCUGGCCAACCUCUCACCAUCCUCGGCAGCACCGGACCCGUGCUCGUCUUUGAGAAGAUCCUCUACAAAUUCUGCAAGGAGUACACGCUCUCCUAUCUCUCUCUGCGGGCAUGCAUCGGGCUGUGGACCGCCUUCUUCUGCAUCGUGCUGGUGGCCACCGACGCCAGCUCUUUGGUGUGCUACAUCACCCGCUUCACUGAAGAAGCCUUCGCCUCCCUCAUCUGCCUCAUCUUCAUCUACGAGGCUCUAGAGAAGCUGAGUCACCUGCGGGAGACCUACCCUGUGCACAUGCACAGCCAGCUCGACUUCCUCACCAUCGACUACUGUAAGUGUGAGGCACCGACGCAUCCCAGCAAUGAAACCCUGCGUUUCUGGGAGAGCAACAAGAUCAACGUGUCUGGCAUCGCCUGGGAAAACCUCACGGUGACCGAAUGUCGGUAUUUGCAUGGAGAGUUUCAAGGACCUGCCUGUGGACCCAAUGGCCCCUACAUGCCUGACGUCCUCUUCUGGUGCUGCAUCCUCUUCUUCUCCACCUUUGUGCUGUCGAGCUUACUGAAGAAGUUUAAGACCAGCCGAUACUUCCCAACCAGAGUACGGUCCACAGUAAGCGACUUUGCUGUUUUCCUCACCAUCGUCGUCAUGGUGCUCAUGGACUUCAUGAUUGGGAUCCCAUCACCGAAGCUCCACGUCCCCCAUAUGUUCAAGCCUACCAGAGACGACCGCGGGUGGUUCAUCAGCCCCGUAGGACCCAACCCUUGGUGGACGGUGUUGGCUGCGCUCAUCCCAGCUCUGCUCUGCACCAUCUUGAUCUUCAUGGACCAGCAGAUCACUGCUGUUAUUGUGAACAGGAAGGAGCACAGGCUGAAGAAAGGAUGUGGGUACCACCUGGACCUUUUCAUGGUGGCCGUGAUGCUCGGGGUGUGCUCCGUGAUGGGGCUGCCCUGGUUUGUGGCUGCCACCGUCCUGUCCAUCACCCACGUGAAUAGCCUCAAAGUCGAGUCUGAGUGCGCAGCUCCAGGAGAACAACCCAAGUUUCUGGGGAUACGAGAGCAGAGAGUCACUGGCUCCAUGAUCUUUGUGCUCAUGGGCUGCUCUGUCUUCUUCACUUCUGUGUUAAAGUUUAUACCAAUGCCUGUGCUUUACGGCGUCUUUCUCUACAUGGGCGUGUCGUCGCUCGGAGAAAUUCAGUUCUUCGAUCGCUUGAAGCUGUUUUGGAUGCCGGCGAAACACCAGCCGGAUUUCAUCUACCUGCGGCACGUCCCCUUGCGAAAGGUGCACUUCUUCACCGUGAUCCAGCUGAUCUGCCUCGUCCUGCUCUGGGCCAUCAAGGUGUCCCGUGCCGCCAUCGUCUUUCCCAUGAUGGUUUUGGCUCUUGUAUUUGUCCGGAAAGCCAUGGAUUUCUGCUUCUCAAAGCGAGAGCUCAGCUUCCUGGAUGACCUUAUGCCAGAGAGCAAGAAGAAGAAGUUGGACGGUGCCAAAAACGAAGCCAAUGAAGAAGAGGAGUCCCCGAAAAUGAUGGAAGCUGCUGCUGCUGCCGGUUCAGUUCUGCUGAAACUGGGCAAGACCAGCAACUUGGAUAUCCCAAAGCAAAGCAGGGAAUUUAUUGCAGAUCCUUGCGAGAUUAAUAUCUCGGAGGAAGUGUUGAAAACGAGCGUGUGGAAGGCUCUCACUAUGAACACAGAAACAGUCUGA